AUGAAAUAUCCAAGCGAGAAUCCAAGAAAACCAGGGAACAGCCCUUCACCAGUGGCAGUUCAGACUAACCUGCUCCCACCCAAAAAGAUGCAGCCAGGUAUGCUUCAAUCUAGCCUUGUGCACGCCAGCGUGGCUACCAUGCAGAACCCAAUGGGCUGCUCUUUGCCCCGCCUGUCCAUCUCCCGACCCCCGAGCAUGGUGGCCAGCAUGGAGGGUACGGCUGAUGGCGCAGCUCCUUUCACCAUGAUGAAACUGAAGACCGUGCUGGCAGUUUUUGUGGUGGUCGUAGCCUACUUGGUGGCAGGAGGACUGGUGUUCCAAGCUCUAGAACAGCCAUUUGAAGACAACCAAAAGAUUACCAUUACAGCGGAGAAGGCAGCAUUCCUGCAAAAACACCCCUGCGUGUCCCCAGAUGAGCUGGAGGCUCUUAUCAAACACUCUGUUGAUGCUGUUAAUGCUGGAGUGAAUCCUGUUGGUGAUACAACUUAUAACUCCAGUCACUGGGAUCUCGGCAGUGCCUUCUUCUUUGCUGGAACUGUAAUCACAACCAUAGGGUAUGGUAACAUUGCUCCCAGCACUGAGGGAGGAAAGAUUUUCUGCAUUUUAUAUGCAAUAUUUGGCAUCCCACUCUUUGGAUUCCUCUUGGCAGGGGUUGGUGACCAGCUGGGGACCAUAUUUGUCAAAAGUAUUGCCAAAGUGGAGAAGAUGUUCCGGAACAAACACAACCAGAUCAGUCAGACUAAAAUCAGAAUAGCAUCCACCCUCCUCUUCAUCCUGGCUGGCUGCAUCCUGUUUGUCACGAUCCCGGCUGUGAUCUUCAAACACAUCGAAGGUUGGACAGCCCUGGAGUCGACGUAUUUUGUUGUCAUCACAUUAACCACAGUUGGGAUAGGAGACUAUGUGGCAGGUGGAAAUCGGAGGAUUGAGUACCGCAAGUGGUACAGACCGCUGGUGUGGUUCUGGAUCUUGGGUGGUCUGGCCUAUUUUGCUGCAGUACUAAACAUGAUUAGCGACUGGUUGAGGGUGCUAUCCAAAAAGACCAAAGAAGAGGUCGGGGAAAUCAAGGCUCACGCAGCAGAGUGGAAAGCGAACGUAAGAGCGGAACUGAGAGAAACCAGGCGUCGUAUGAGCGUGGAAGUCAGCGACAAACUACAGCGAGCGGCAACCAUCCGCAGUAUGGAAAGACGACAGCUCGGCUUAGAUCAGCGUGCAGUGUCCAUGGAUAUCCUUUCUCCAGAGCGUCGAGCCAUCUUCAACAGCCUGGACACAAACAGCUACAAAACCUCCUCCCAGGAAAGUAUUGACAUUAAAUUGAACAAUCUUCGACUAAGGGGUGCUGAACAAAGCGACCGUCAGUCUAACCACCAAACCACAUCCGAGGACAACAUUUUUAACCGCUUGGGUUCCGUCACCAAACUUGCAAAACGAACCAGAAAUCGGGACUUGAAGAAGAACAUCACAGAAGAAGUUCGCCGUCCUCAUAGUGAAGCUUACGGUUGGGUUACCGCCACCUUUGAUUGUAACAAACAUGAAAUGGACGAAGGAAAGAGGAAAGAUGAGGAACAUGAAGAGACUGAAGACAAACAGUGUAACACCAGCUUGUCUGAAUUUCCAUUGUUUGUAGAAGCUUACAAGUCACAUAAUGGGAUGAUUCUUGAGCAAACCAAAGAAAACAGGAAUGAUGAAACACUUGAAAUGAAAGAGAUGCAUGGUGAGAUUGACCCAUAG